AAAUUCCACUUUACGCAGGUUCCUUAAAUACAUUUUUUUAGAGAGGAUGGUGUAUGUCCACCCAUAGGAUUCUCUCAGUCUAACCUUCUUCAGCGGUUGUUUGUUGACAUGAUGGUUUAACCUUUGUGCAGAAUUGUUAGAUAACUUUUUCAUUUAUCACACAUUUGGUCAAGGACCACGAAUAUCAACAAAGAGAUUACAAAGUGCCGAUUAAAAAUUUCGUAGUAUAAUAAAAUUAUUCAUGCAGAAAAUGGUUUCAAAAAUUGUGCUCUUAUUUACGUUGCUGUUCAGAAAUGUGUUCCUCAACCCUAGUGACACUGACGACUUUUCGGUGGUUUUUACCAGCAAAAGUCAACCAAAAUUUCAACCCACCGUAAACGAUCCUUUCUUUGUACGAGCGGAAUUGCUAUUUGAAAUAAACACUAUACUUGGCGUAUUAAAAGAAUCCGUAAAUAACCUGCAAAACAUAAAGCAGGAAAUUAUCGAAGAAGUCGAAAACGUGGUAGAAGAAAAAAUCAGUAUUUAUGAAGCAGACCUAAAAGACCAAUUAUCGCAAACAAAAACCGAAAUUCUGUCAGAAACGAAAGAAAAUGUUAUACGACAAUUAACAGAGGCGAAGAAUGAAAUGACGAUUCAGAUGAACGCCGUGAAAGAAUCGGGAUUUUCGCUUUAUUCUAUCAUCGAAAAGAAACUCAUCGAAACAAAAAAUGAAGUACUUGAUGAAAUAAGCAACGCGCAAAUACAUUUCACCAACCUGGAAAAUCAGUUGAAAGAAACGAAACAACACAUUGUGGCUGAAACAAAAGAAAAUGUUAAAUUGGAAGUGAUAGAAAACAAUUUCAAAAUUUAUGAUACGGAACUAAAAAAUGAAUUUGAUAAAACUAAAAAGCAAAUCCUCACUACAACGGAACAGCAGCUAAGUCUAGCAAAGGAUGAAAUAUUUAAUGGAAUAACUUUUGAGCUUAUAAACACGCAGGCAAAAAUUAUUAAUGAAGUUCGGCAAUGUCGAACGGUACCAAGUGACUGUAGAGAAGUUCAGAGGAGAGGAUACAAAAGUUCUGGUAUUUAUCGCAUCCAGCCAAAGAUUUCUUUGGAAAAAUUUUUGGUUUGGUGUGACAUGUCAACUAGGGGAGGUGGAUGGACUUACGUUCUGAAUAGAUUCGACGGUUCGGAAAAUUUUUAUUUUAAUUGGACUGAUUAUAAGCAAGGUUUUGGUAAUCUUUCAGGAGAACACUGGUUGGGUUUGGAUCAUCUUUACGAAUUGACGAACAGCAAACCUACCGAGUUGUUAUUCCAACUAAUGGAUAGGGACUCGAAAACGGUUUAUGCUUUAUAUAACAGGUUUCAAAUUGGCAGCGAAGCCGAACACUAUCAAAUAAAAACUUUGGGAUCGUACGAUGGAAAUGCUGGAGAUUCUUUCCGGAGACACGAUGGUGCAAAAUUUAGUACCGCCGAUAAUGACCAUAGUUCCCAAAGCUGUGCCUCUAGUUUCGAGAGUGGCUGGUGGUUCACAGAUUGUCAUCUGGUGCUUCUUACUGGGAAAUAUAUAAAAAACCCAACGCUUGGGUAUUAUUCAGCAAUAAAGUGGUAUCACUUUCAUGGCUAUAACUAUAGUCUCAAAGAAGCAAGAAUGAUGAUCAGAACGAUUUAAGUUAAUUUGUCUAAACACAACAAAUUCUUGGUUUUUGCAACUUGAAUAAAAAAUUAGUUCAAUUGAAAAUUUAGCUAUUUACAUUACACCCAUCAUACUAAGUGAUGAGUUAGCAAUAUCCACAAAAUAAUAGU